GCAUCUCGGACUCCCGUGGGAGCGCAGCGACAGGGCGGGGCGGGGUCCUCCGCGUGCUCUUGGCAGCGGCUGGUGGGGACUCGGCUCUCGGCUCUCCCGGGCUCCCCGAGCUUGGCGCACGCCUCCAUCCCUGCGCACCCCUCCGCAGGCGCGCGCAAAGCGCACCCCUCCUUUCCCGGGCGGCGGCGGGCGCGCGCCCGGCCCCCUCGCCUCCGCCCCUCGGCGCCCGUCCUCUCUCCCGGCAGAAAGUUAGCAGCAGGGAAGGAACUCGGGGCUGCGGGAGCGGCGGCGGCGGCGGCAGCGCGGGGAGAGCGGGGCGCCGCGCACAGAGCAGGUGCCGCCGCGGCUCGGCGCCCCCCUCGGGCUCCUGGCCUGAGGUUGAGGGGGGCGGCGGGGGCUCGCGAGGGGAGGGGGCCAUGCGGCCGGGCUUGUCCCCGGCGCAGCGGGACGGCAGCCAGGGCCGGGGGCGCAGCGGCGUCGCUCCAUGCAGCCGGGGCGGCUGGGCGGCGGCGGCGGCGGCGGCGGGGGCGGCGGCUGAAACCAUGUCCGGGCAGCGCCGGGGGCCGCCGCCGCCGCGAGCCGGGAGCCGCGAUGGCCCGGUGGCCCGCACCGCCUCCGCCUCCGCCGCCGCCGCCGCCGCUCGCCGCGCCGCCGCCGCUGCCCGGCGCCUCCGCUAAGGGGCCGCCGGCGCGCAAGCUGCUCUUCAUGUGCACCCUGUCCCUGUCCGUCACCUACCUGUGCUACAGCCUGCUGGGCGGCUCGGGCUCUCUGCAGUUCCCGCUGGCGCUGCAGGAGCCCCCGGGAGCCGCGGUGGAGUCCCCGCCAAGCCUGCCAUCUCCGUCGCCGCCGCCUCCCCGCGUGCGCCCCGGAGCCCCCUCGCCGCCGCCGGACAACGCUAGCCGCGGGCCACCGCCCGAGCCCCCGGAGCGCUUCACGACACCCGCGGCCGAAGGCUGGGGACUGGCGAGUGGCGGCGGUGCCCGGGACGCCUGGCCCAGGAACCCGUCUGCCCCUGGAGACGCGGUUACGGAGCAGGGAGCGCAGUUGGGGCGCGGGGCACAGGAGCCAGGAGCCGCCGAGGAGCUGGCAGGCCGAAGGGCGGCCAACGCGAGUGAGGAGCGGGGGCCCGCCAGCACCCCUGAUUAUGGGGAGAAGAAGCUGCCCCAGGCGCUGAUCAUCGGGGUCAAGAAAGGAGGGACGCGCGCGCUCCUUGAGGCUAUCCGCGUCCAUCCGGACGUACGGGCGGUGGGCGUAGAGCCGCACUUCUUCGACAGGAACUACGAGAAAGGGCUGGAGUGGUACAGGUGGGACCCCAGUGGACUGGAUUUCUGCAGAAUAAAACGCUCUUUGCUGUUUGCAGACUAUUUGAGUCUGGGAAAUGUGAUGCCCAAGACGGUGGAUGGGCAGAUAACCAUGGAAAAGACCCCUAGUUACUUCGUGACAAGUGAGGCUCCCAAACGCAUUCACUCUAUGGCCAAGGACAUCAAACUCAUCGUGGUGGUACGAAACCCAGUGACCAGGGCCAUUUCUGACUAUACCCAGACACUAUCAAAAAAGCCAGAGAUCCCCACCUUUGAGGUGCUGGCCUUCAAAAAUCGGACCCUGGGGCUCAUUGAUGCCUCCUGGAGUGCCAUUCGCAUUGGGAUCUACGCGCUACACUUGGAGAACUGGCUGCGGUACUUUCCCCUCUCUCAGAUCCUGUUCGUCAGCGGCGAGCGACUCAUAGUGGACCCCGCAGGAGAGAUGGCCACAGUACAGGAUUUCCUAGGACUCCAGCGUGCUGUGACUGAGAAGCACUUUUACUUCAACAAAACCAAGGGAUUCCCCUGCCUGAAGAAGCCAGAAGACAGCAGUGCCCCAAGAUGUUUGGGCAAGAGCAAAGGUCGGACUCAUCCCCGCAUUGACCCAGAUGUCAUCCAUAGACUUCGGAAAUUCUACAAACCCUUCAACAUGAUGUUUUACCAAAUGACUGGUCAAGAUUUCCAGUGGGAACAGGAAGAGGGUGAUAAGUGAGGCUGACAGUAUGGAGGAAAGGCUAAUGAAUAGCAAGGAUACUCUUUACCAGAGUCCCAAAUCCCCCAGGUUCUGAAGCUUCAGUCAUGCUGGAGCACCAAGUAGAUUGCUAGCCUGCUCCAGUCAGGUUACCUCCAAUAUUGCAGGCUUAGGCAGAGGUAGAGAUAUCAUGGCUUCCCUGUGGAGGAAGCAACAGUACCUGGUUGACCAGGUGGCCACCAGAACCCACCAUGAAUAGUAUCUUCUACUCAUUAAUAGAGUCUGAAAACAGGAUAAGCAUCUUCCGGUGUCACAGACAGAUGCUAUGUUGAUGAGUGGCAGAGAGAGAGAGAGAGAGAGAGAGAGAGAGAGAGAGAGAGAGGAAAGGAAAGAAAGAAAGAAAGAAAGAAAGAAAGAAAGAAAGAAAGAAAGAAAGAAAGAAAGAAAGAAAGGUGUACUUUGCAGGAGCUCUUACUAUAGUCUUGGGAGUCUGGAUUCCAGCCUUGUAUUUAAUCCCUGGUAUGUAGACUUCUGCUCUGGCAUCUCUCAAGAACACUAUUUGUGGCUGAGAGCUCCAAGACCCCCAGGGAGCAAUAUCCUCCUUCCAAGGCCUGUCUAGCCUUCCUAUCAAAGGACUCAUCCCAUGACCCUUUGACUUCCUCCCUCCCCACAAUAUGAAGGCAAAGACAUGCACGUAUGUUCCUCACCAAAAAAAUAGCCUACACCCCUGGAGCCUUCUAUCUGAGAGCCAUCCAAGGUGGGUCUCUCUCUUCAUGAGUAUUCUAAAUUACAGAGAAACUUAGCAUACAUCCUCACAUUGGAAUCUGGCCCACAUGAACGCUCCCAGAACAGGGAGACAGCAUCUGUGUUUUGAGCCCUGAGGUUGGCAAAGAUGAAUGCUUGUAACUGUGGUUUACAGAAAAACCCAGUCCUUUUGGUGGGAGGCCCUUACCUAAAGGUCUUUGUCCUUAGGGAUGGUGGUCCUGAGAUCACCAUUUCUGGGGGUUAGACUAUGCUCUAGAGGCAAAGACCUGAGCUUGCUUGUUAGCUGUUAUGAGUAACCCUUCUGGAUGCAGAGAGGAAGGGAGCACUCAAUGUUUUUCUGUUUGUCUCACCACUGCCCCCUCAGGGUCACCUCAUGGUUCAUUUUUCUCUACUCAGAGAUGGCAUUUAUUGGGCCAUUGGCAAGAGAGAAAAUUUUCAGUGUGAAGUGGGUGGGGAGGGCAAGGACUGUCUGCAGACAUCCUUUUCAAGGGCUGCCAAAUAAAGUGUCCCUUCCCAUUAGUAUGGUUCAAUUAAAACACAGCAUUUGACAUAAAGCACUUGUUCGCAGAUCUCCAAAGCCAAGAAGCCAAGAAUUGUAGUAAAAUUGGAAAUUUGUAUGAGCUGGGAGAGUUGAAUCUGUUCAGCUGUUAUUAAACUGUCAUUUCUCCCACUAAAUGGAAACUGUGUUGUUAUAAAGCUUAAUGCAACCUGA